CGGCCGCUGCUGGGUCUCCUAGGCUGUGAGGCCAGGUGCUCCAGAGUUCCGCGCCUUGCCGGAGUCGCGUGUUUCCGGCUGCACCCCGAGGUCUGCUCCCUUCUCCUUGCGCCGCUGGCCCGGUUCAAGCGGUGAAGUACGAGUUCAGGGAGUUUGGUGUGCCGUACUUCUUGGCUCCAGAGUCUCAGAUAUGGACCUCCUUCAGUUCCUGGUGGCCUUCUCUGUCCUACUGUUGUCUGGCACAGAAGUCACAGGCACCCUGAAGAGCACUCUGGACCCAAGCCUCAAGAUUUACAAGAAGUUGUUUGAGGUAAAGCGGCGAGAGCAGCUCUUGGCUCUGAAGAACCUGGCACAGCUGAACGAUAUCCACCAGCAGUACAAGAUCCUUGAUGUCAUGCUUAAGGGACUCUUUAAGGUGCUGGAGGACUCCCGGACAGUGCUCAUUGCUGCUGAUGUGCUUCCCGACGGGCCCUUCCCCCAGGAUGAGAAGCUGAAGGAUGCUUUCUCCCACGUGGUGGAGAACACGGCCUUCUUUGGUGACGUUGUGCUGCGCUUCCCAAAGAUUGUACACCACUACUUUGACCACAAUUCCAACUGGAACCUCCUCAUCCGCUGGGGCAUCAGCUUCUGCAAUCAAACAGGUGUCUUUGACCAGGGGCCCCACUCACCCAUCCUCAACCUGAUGGCCCAGGAGCUGGGGAUCAGUGAGAAAGAUUCUGACUUCCAGAACCCAUUUAAAACAGACCGGACAGAGUUUAUUCCUAGCACUGACCCUUUCCAGAAGGCUUUGAGGGAAGAAGAAAAACGUCGCAAGAAGGAGGAGAAGCGGAAAGAGAUCCGGAAAGGCCCAAGGAUUUCAAGAACCCAGUCUGAGUUGUAGCCUUGGACCAGUUGGGGGCCUAAGAGAUCAGCAGUGGCCAGUCAGAAAAGGCUGCAACUGUGUGGCUGUGGUAUGGCACUGGCAAGCACCUUGAUGUGCGCCAGCCACGUCCAGAUGGGCACUCUGUUUGCUGGGUCCUCAGAAGCCAGGUAUGAGCCCUGGCCAAAAAGACUGAGCUUCCAGGAUCUCACAGCACACCGAGGAGGCCUUGAGAGGACACUGUUCUGCAGACAGGACCAUGCAGGAAAGCUGCUGGGGGAGGCAGGCUGCAGGCCACUACUGACCUUCCUUCAUAAGGAAGCGGCAGAAUCAGGCUCUGAGUUACAAGUGAAGGUGCUAUGCUUGAGCCAGCCUCACUGUGUUCCUGGGCUGCCUGCCACUGGUCCAGCUCUCUGCAGAGCAAUACUAAAAGCUAGCAAAUCCCCUGGCCUCCCCAAGGCUGGUGAGGAGACUGUAAGGGCAGCAGGAGCUGCUGCAGAUGACGGAACCAGCCUGGAGUACGUUUCUGCCUUAUCAAGAGGGAUUCCCUGGCCUCUGCAGUGCAGAGAAGCAAGAGCUAGGUUUAAGUCUCUUAUUCACUCACUGCUGCCCCUUCAUGACGGGCCAAUUUGGAGAGGGGACUCAGAAGUGUCCUGGGAAGGUGUUUAUUUCAAGGAGCUCUUAAAAGAACAUGAUCUCUAUUCUCAGAUAACUGUGGACGGUCAUUGAGCUGGUUCAGGGGACAAUCAACUUGUUCUCUCUGCUGCAAAAAGAUACUGCCUGUGUGUGGGGAGAGGCUAGAGGGGACAGGUUGCAGGAGGCUGUGCUUUGUGAUGGGGUACUAUAGUUGGAUUGAUCAGAUAGUGGGCAUCCAAGUUCAGGGCCACAGAGCAGGAAGCUAUGGAAGGACUGGGGCCUUCAGAAAGCAGCCUGCUUUCUAUGAGUUUCAAGGCAGGUGGCUACCUUGGCUCUAUUGAAAUUACAGCUCCACUUCUUUGAUCUUGCCAAGCCAAAAUGUAUCCCUUAAAGGAGUGGAAACACCCCAGCCCUACCUCUACCUUCAAGUGCAGGUGUUGCUAACAGUGCCCAAUCGAGACCUGAGUCUUAGCCUGACUGACCUGGUCUGCUCUUUCUCUUCCCUGUGCUGUGCCUUCAUUUGUAAAAUAAAUUUGAUGGUGUCUGAAUCCUCUGACAAGCUCUAAA